UUGAAUAAAAACAGGGUGGGACUAUCCAACCUGUCCAAUAAGGAACACUAAUUUCCACUCCUCUUUGUAAAAAAAGUUUUAAAACAGUUUUCUGUUAUGUGUCCUAAUGAACACAACCCUGCUGGGCUUGCGACUCUUCUUCAGGCACAGUCGACCAAGAUGUCUUUUAUAAACACAGGACCAGGAAAAAUGGCGUCACAGAGAAAACACAGGUUAAACGCUCCCCUGGCUCCAGCCGCCUACCUCUGUGUCCUCCUAGUCCUAUCUGUGACAUCCAUGGGCAGUCAUAUUCCUAGUACCAGUCUGCUGUGUAACUUCUGCCCUCUACAGCACAAAGGAAGGUCCUGCAGUAACGAUUCCACCACCGAGUGUCUCCCGCAAGAGCGCUGUGGUACUAGUAGUGGCCGUUUCGGUUCCACUCACAUCCUGUCUGCACAGGGCUGCUUGACCCCUGACCUCUGUAACUCCACCCAUGCCGUGACCUACCGAGGGGUCAACUAUAAUGUGACCUACAGGUGUUGCUGUAGUGCCCAGUGUAACCAGCCUCCAGCCUCUGAUACCUACAUUCAGAGCCUGUUAGGAGUGACGUCGGGGCACAGUGAGAAGCCUCCUACCRCGACGGACCCUCUGGAUAGAUGCCCUGGAGAUGAGGACGUGGCGGAGGAUGMCACCGUCACUCCGCUACACGGAGAAAACAACAUGAAUUCUAUCUAUAAAGUCCUCUCAGAUCUCCAGGAGUGGCUAAAGAGUAGAGGCUAGGGGUCCAUCUGGAAUUCAGCCCUACUUGUCGCCCCGGGGGGCAGGCCUGUUAGCCACAGUCACUGCCCUCACCCUCAUACAAGGGAUGACACUUAUUUCAAAUAGAUUUUAUUUCCUGUGUAAAUGUGCUUAUUUAUUCAAUUAUUUGUAAUAACUUACAUAAAUUGUAAUCUAUGUUUUAGUGAUGUUGCAAUAUGUUAAAAGCUGUAGUUCUCAGUGUGGUAGCUGGUGAACGGUGUGAAUAAAGAGCAUGUAACUGUC